AUGAAAGAUUUCACAUCUUCCAGCGUCAAGGGCCAUCUAGUCCCCCGGCGCACGCAAUUUUCCAGCUGCGAUGCCUGCCGCAAAUCUCGCGUGGCGUGCGAUGCGAUGAAAGGCCGAUCCGCUCUGACUAGUCCGACGUGGAUGAACUCUUGCACUCGAUGUCAGAAUCGCGGCCGCCAUUGUACCUUUGAGUGGAUUGAGAAGGCAGCCUUGCCCAAUAGUAAACGAAAGUAUGAUGUCCUCAGAGAUGUUCACGAGCCUCCACCGACAACGCCAGAAGCGCGUGCGACACCGGAAAGUUUGGUCGGUCACAGAAGUUCCGUCCAGAAUUGGAGCAGAUACUCCACGCGGCCAUCAAUCGAAAGACAAAACCCAGUAUCGACCCCAGGCGACACCCACGAGUGGCUACGAGAAAUAUACGAGGGCAUCUUUGAGGAUGUGUUUGGAUCUUGGCUGGGGAAUUAUAGCUGUCCUUACGUUUUUCGUGAUAAUGGCUGUCAGGACCCGAAGCAAUUAGCCUUGUCCGUCAGCAUUUCCAGACUUUGCCAAGAAUGUGACUAUUGGAUGAAAAGAGUACAAGGUCAGGGUAUGAAUUUGUCCGAGGAAGGGGAGUCUCCUGGCGAGAUCGACAGUGACCGACAGAUCAAUCACUCCUUGUCUUGCGCAGUCUCCGCAUUUUCUGCUAGGUGGCUGCCCCUAAAAGAAUCGUCAGCGUUGAGCGAACUUUCAGUUAUGGAUAUAGUUGAGAGCCUCUGGAGAGAGGUACGACGCGACAUUCUUCGAGUCAUCAAUCGCCCUUGUUAUCGGUCAGCCUUGACCUUGUUUCUCUUUGCACUCACGCCAAUUCCAGCUCGAGUGUCGGAGGAAGAAGAAAAUGAUGGUAUCCCAGCGCAAUUCUGCGUUCAAGUAGCCCUGCAACAGGUACUCACAUUACGUGCACUCCAGAAAAGCCUCGAAUUCAACGGAUCCAAGGUUACUUCAAUUUCAUCAGCAACGCUACCAAAUACGACUACCAGCCCAGCACCAGUAACGAGAGAUUUUCUGGGGAUUGAAAGCAUGAUUUAUUGGGCGGCAAUGACCUUUGAUACAUCGUCAUCACUCACGUUAAACACCAAAUCCCUGUUAUCGCCUGGACUGAGUCUUGGCUUGGAACAAGAGCCAUCCUGGCGACUCGUUCGCACUUGUACCAACGUGUUUCACGAGGAAACCGAAGCCUGGAGAGCACAAGGAAUUCAUAUCACCGAAGAAAGAGCCAAUCAAAUCAUUGCAUCAGCGGCCUCGUGGAAAUUGUUCGUCUGGAAAGCAGCCGCAUUGGUCAAGGAAGCCCUCCGAGAGGGAAGGGAAGACGAAACCGUCCAAGUGGCUUUCGAUACAGCAGUGGAUGCAAUCAAUCAAUAUAGUCUCACCUAUCAUGAUUUAUUAAUUGCUUGUGAGCGCCGUAUUCAAUUUUUCAGCCACAAGACGAAGCUCCGUUGGUAUGAGCUCAUAUUACACUAUAACCUCAGCAUAUUGGUCAUGUUGGACGCGGUGGAAAUCGCCGGUCGCAUGGAUCUAUUAGAAAAGCUGAAAGUUGUCAAAGCAGAUGCCGAAGGCAGCUUAUUCAAUUGCCUCAUAUUUGGCCUAAAUAAUCAUUAUCUUGUUCCUCGCAGACCAGUGGGGGAAGAACAACAUGGUAUACAACUUGCGGAGGAGGAUGGGAGAGCCGCAGCACUAGAAUUGACAAGGAAGGUACCCUUGAUUGCCAUCGACCCUUACCCCCACCACGUUGUUGCCGGGGUGCGAAUUUUAUGGAAGGCUGUUGAAAGGGAUCUUGAAAACGACUGGCUGGAUUAUGGUGUCGCGGAGCAUAUGCAGGAUACAAUGCUCAAUGCGCUGAAAUUACUUCCCCAGGCGUCCAAAUCGUUGUAUGAAUAUCAUUCGAGCCUCGACAAUACACAUUAUAACGUCGAGCGUCUCAAGCACGCUUUUAUCUCAGGAACCCCAGCCCAGAUGAGGAUUCUUAGCGCGAAGCUACCGGCCGGUAAACAACGCUGGAUUGCUACCGGUAGUGGCCGCACUAAAUUUCUGGGCACCACCCUCAAAUCAAUCAUACUGCAAUGUUCAGCGCAGCGAGAAUCCUCGCCCGAGGGUUACUCAGCCCCUACUCCGUAA